AUGGCCGCCCGUCGGAGCCAGAGGCGGAGGGGGCGCCGGGGGGAGCCGGGCACCGCCCUGCUGGCCCCGCUCGCGCUGGGCCUGGGCCUGGCGCUGGCCUGCCUCGGCCUCCUGCUGGCCGCGGUCAGCCUGGGGAGCCGGGCAUCGGCGCCCGCCCAGGAGCCUUCCCAGGGGGAGCUGGUGGCGGACGAGGACCCGGACCCGCCGGAACUGAAUUCCCAGACAGAGGAGAGCCAGGAUCCUGGGCCCUUCCUGAAGCGGCUGGUCCGGACUCGCAGGAACGCAUCCAAAGGCCGGAAAACGCGGGCUCGCAGAGCCAUUGCAGCGCACUAUGAAGUUCAUCCACAACCGGGACAGGACGGAGGACAGGCCGGUGUGGAUGGGACGGUGAGUGGCUGGGAAGAGGCCAAAAUCAACAGCUCCAACCCACUGCGCUAUGACCGCCAGAGCGGGGAAUUUAUAGUCACGCGGGCUGGGCUCUACUACCUGUACUGCCAGGUGCACUUUGAUGAGGGGAAGGCUGUCUACCUGAAGCUGGACUUGCUGGUGGAUGACGCCCUGGCCCUGCGCUGCCUGGAAGAGUUCUCCGCCACAGCCGCCAGCAGCCUGGGCCCCCAGCUCCGCCUCUGCCAAGUGUCUGGGCUGUUGCCCCUCCGGCCCGGGUCCUCCCUGCGGAUCCGCACCCUCCCCUGGGCCCAUCUCAAGGCCGCCCCCUUCCUUACCUACUUCGGACUCUUCCAGGUUAACUGA